AUGUUCUGCCACAGUGCAAAGUCUCCCCUCAGAAAUGUAACAAUCCAUCUAAUAGUUGACGUCAAUGAUGAGGAGACACAGCUGUCACUCCUCACAGAUGAGAACGGGGAAGCUCACUUCACACUGGAUACCACCAGCUGGAACAGCACGAUGGUUUCUCUGAGGGGUACCUACAACCCUCCAAGUGAUGACAGACCGUCUUUUGAGAUUGAAGGAGAGGACAGCUUCCACUGGCUGAAACCUUUCUACUCUGAGAGCAACAGCUUUCUUGAGAUCAAGGCCAAGGACGAUGUGAUGUCCUGUGAUCAAGAGCAGGAAGUGCAGGUGGAUUAUAUCCUUUCCCAGAAUAAAUUCAGCUCUGAAGAAGACCACAUUGAUUUCUACUACUUGGUGAUAGCAAAAGGCAAGAUCCUUUUCAGCAGAGCAAAGAAGGUGCCAAUUACCCAGCACGAGA